UUCGAAUACUAAUACCAAACAAUCUGAAUGACUCAUAAAGUUUAUUUUAAAACUAAAAUUAAAUUAAGCUUACAUCAAUAGUUUAAGUUUGGAUUGGCUCAGUGAUCAGGGCAGAAUGUGUUGGAGACACUGGCAUUAGUGGCAUAAGUAUAGCCAGGUUUUUGUGCGCCCAGGAACAGAAGUAGUUCAAAUGUCCCCCCACCUCCACUCCUAACUUCAGACAGGACUCAGAAAUGACAAUAGACAAUCCCAGACAUAAGGAACAGAAACUUAAGUUUGUUGCGGUGAAGCUGCAUAUCAUCUCUGACUUUAAACAAUAGCUAAAAAAGGUGUUUACUUUCUAUUAGACGCUACAAGAAAAAAGAAAGAAAGAAGAAGAAAGAACAAAUGAAAGUCAAUAAGUUGCUUUGUAAAACUAUAAUUUAUCCUAAAUUAUAAUCAAAGUUUAUGGAGGCUUAGUAGGAUUUGAUAAAUUUUUAAAAGCAACAUAAAAGCUAAUUAUUUGAUAUAAUUAGUAAUGUAAUGUAACUGAACUUAAAAGACAUGUAAAAGAUGAAAAAUUCUCCAUACAUAUUGUACUAUAUGGCGUAUACACAUCGGUAACAAGAUUAGAGCAAGAUAUGUCUUCAAAUAGAAUGAAGGUCCUAACAUUUAACAAAUCCUUCAUACAAGGGAAAUUUAAUGGACAAAAAAACAUACUGACUAGUUGAGUCAUUUAAUUUAAUUACUAGGGUAAAGUUAGAUAGUAAAAAGUAAAAGAUGUUAAAAACUACUAAAAAGCUUUCUUAUCAGUGUCCAUUAUGCAGGAUAAUACUUUCACCACAGUGGAAAAUGAGGAAUCAUAUAUUGGAGCAUACAGGUGAGCACCCCUUUAAAUGUUUGGUUUGUGAGAAAACAUUUCUCCAUCUACAAUCAGUAAAAAUUCAUUUGAAGAUGCAUUCUGGAGAGCGACCUUAUAAGUGCACCAUAUGUGGAAAGUCUUUCAAAACCAAUAGCUAUAUGAAUGUACAUAGAUUGGUUCAUACUGGAAAGCAGCCUUAUAAGUGCACCACAUGUGGAAAAUCUUUCAAAUUCAAGAACAGUAUGAAGGAACAUACAUUGGUUCAUACUGAAGAGCGACCUUACAAGUGCACAAUAUGUGGAAAAUCAUUUACAUCCAAUGCCUAUUUGAAGAAACAUGCAUUGGCUCAUACUGAAGAGAGACCUUUUGAGUGCACUUCAUGUGGAAAAUCAUUUAAAGCAAAAACUGUUUUAAAGAAUCAUAUUAAAUUGUUCCAUACUGGAAAGCGACAUAGUGCAAAGUGCACUAUAUGUGGAAAAUCUGUCACAUCCAAUCACACUUUGAGGAUACAUAAAUUGGUCCAUACUGGAGAGCGACCUUAUAAGUGUACUACAUGUGGAAAAUCCUUCAAAUUUAAGAGAAUUUUGAAGAACCAUACAUUGGUUCAUACUGGAGAGAGACCUUAUGAGUGCAAUAAAUGUGGAAAAUCCUUUAAAGCCAAUAGGGCUUUAAAGGAACAUGCAAUGGUUCAUACUGAAGAGCGACCUUAUAAGUGCACUAUAUGUGGAAAAUCUUUCAAAGCCUAUAAUUCUAUGAAGAAACAUAAAUUGAGUCAUACUGGAGAGAGACCUUAUAUGUGUGAUAAAUGUGGGAAAUCUUUCAAAACCAAAACUGUUUUGAAUAGGCAUACAUUGAGUCACACAGAAGUGCGACCUUAUAAGUGCAAUACAUGUGAAAAAUCCUUUAAAUUCGAGAGCUAUUUGAAGAAUCAUAGAUUGAUUCACACUGGAAGGCAAGGUUAUAAGUGCACAAUAUGUGGAAAAUCAUUUACAACCAAUUACUAUUUAAAGGUACAUACAUUGGUUCAUACAGGAGUGCGACCUUAUAAGUGCAACAUAUGUGGAAAAAGCUUCGCAUACGAGAGCAAUAUGAAGGAACAUACCUUUGUCCAUUCUGGAGAUAGACCUUAUAAGUGUGACACAUGCGGAAAGUUCUUUAAAAACAAAACUUGUUUAAAGAAACAUACACAAUAUAAACACAAAUAUAGAGAAUAAGUUUUUGGCAUUUUUUGCAAGCAAAUUCUUUUUAGUUGUUUUCACAAGUAUGUAAUUUUUAUUUUCAUUUUUUUUGUGCCAUACAGAAUGCACCAUGUGUAUUUUCAGGAAUAUGUUGUACAUCAAUUUAGAACGUGUUUCUCUGUACUUGUGAUUUUUGUAAAUACUAAUCAUUUAAAAUAAGAGUAGGGUUCUAAUUAAUCUUUGUUUUAUCUGAAGUUUCUAUGGGCUCUCAGGUGGAAUUUGGAUUAAAUCAUAGGUAUUCUUGGGAUUAAGAAUAU